UUUUGGGUUCUGUGAACUGUCCUGCCUCGCUGAGCUGAGCUUGAGCCGUUCAGUAACGCCUCCCGUUUCUCCUUAGAACGUGUCACAUUCGCCGUUUAGCAGCCCGACUCCUCAAAUACAUUAACAUUUUCGUGUCAGGGAGUCGGGGAGAAGUGCGCUGGUAUUAUACAGGAUUAAACAGAGGUCGACAUCAUCGUCCUUCUUCUUCUACAGGGCUUAUUAGCUGGCUAGCUAACUCGCUAGCUUACCGGCGUCGGCUGUUCUCAAAUUUAACGUUAGUUCUCCUGACAGGUUGAUCAGUAGUUAUAGAUUUAGGCUGAUGCUGUGUAGUAAAAGCCUUUGGGACAUGACAGUGAGGAUUUUAAUAUUGCAGAACUACAACAUCGAUAUUGUACUGUUUGCAGAAACAGUCAGUCUGGGUUGGAGAAGGUUAGCUUAGCAUAUAGUUAGCGUCGGAUGCUAUUAUUAUUUUCUGUUAUUUAUUGUGGGGAAUAAAAUGACGAAUCACUAGCUAACGCCACCAGUCUGUAAAUUAGGUGAGUAAACUGCUGGUCUCCCUCUCUGUCUUUGGGUGAAGGAAUCAAUCCCUUGUGCUCUAGUCAAAGAAACUCAAGCAGCCCUCUCUUAGGAGACCACAGCUAACAGCUAAUUGAACUGGGGCUUCGUUACUGGGGCGCAGUUUUAGGUAAAAUAAUGCAUCAGUUUGAAACUUAAUACGUGAAAUCUGUUAUUCAGUAGUAACAGCAUUAAUAACCGUCACACUCAGAUUCACGAGUGCCUACUUAUUUUUGUAGAGGCUUAGCCAACACGACGACGAAACAUUUAGCAUUGUUUGUUUUUCUUUCUUUUUUAUAAAGAACCGGUCGCUUCAAACUCUUUGGACUAGCUUCCCGGAUGCAACCUAGAUUAAGCCCAGCCUUACACCAAGUUUAGAGAAUUGAACAUGGUAUACCAUUAAAAGUCGUCUUUAGUGCAGUUCAAGGCUUAAUCUGGGUCUGGAGAAAUGUCCCAGUGUUUAGCUUGCUGGUUUAGUUUUCUGUAUUGUGUAAAGCCAGUUUUCUUCAUUUUAGUUUAUUUCGUUAACUGUAUUGCAUUUAAGUGUAGUAGCUAAUUAUUCGUGGAAAGGUUUUGGCCAGUGUUUAAACGGUAAUUGGCAGAGUAAAGUGACGUUAAAGCCGCGUCUGCACGCGUGAAUGGGCGGUAGCUGUGCUGUCCACGUUGGCAGAUCUGUCAGUCAUGUUGGGAACUUGCUGCCUCGACACUUGUCCUACCUGUAGUGGUACCUAGUCGAGCUCCACCCUUUGGCAAGAAUGAGCUAAUGCUGCUUCCACUGCUUCGUGGCAUUUGCACAAGAGGCCAGGUCCAGUUUAUUAAACGAGCUGCAGGUCUAUAUUACUUGGCAGAGUUGAUAGAGGAGUACACAGUCGCCACCAGUCGAAUAAUAAAAUACAUGAUACUGUUCUCCACAGGUGUGUUGGCAGGGCUGUACCUGUUUGAAGGCUUCCCUACACUAAUGAUUGGAGUUGGCCUCUUCACUAACCUUGUUUACUUUGGGCUGCUGCAGACCUUCCCCUACAUCAUGCUCAGCUCACCAAACUUUAUCCUGUCUUGUAUACUAGUGGUGAUUAAUCACUAUAUGGCCUUUCAAUACUUUGCAGAGGAGUACUAUGCCUUCUCAGAGGUCUUGGCGUACUUCACAAUUUGCUUGUGGGUGAUACCAUUUUCUUUCUUUGUAUCCCUCUCUGCUGGAGAAAAUGUUCUCCCAUCCACCAUGCAGCAAGGAGAUGAUGUGGUGUCAAACUACUUCACGAAAGGGAAGAGGGGCAAACGCUCAGGGAUCCUUUUGAUCUUCUCCUUCCUGAAGGAGGCCGUUUUGCCAAGCCGACAGAAAAUGUACUGAACCACUGACGGGAUAGGCUGGAGGACAGAUAGAAGGAUCGGGUGGGGUUGAGAGACAGGUUAAAGAGUUGCUGUGUCCAGCUGCCUCAAUGGACUAGUGUAAGGGACAGAGGGGAGGGGGAUGUUUUGGCCCAGAGACGAAAUGACUUAAGAAGUAGUAGAGGACGACGCCUGGGCAGAUGCAACACCCUGCAACGGACACACAAGGUCCUCAACUUGAACGUACAUAUCUGUCUCUCUGUCUGUCCAACUGACUGUUUAAGCGAAGCGAGCACAGCCAACUAAUGCUCUGUACGCAGCCCUCAGCCUUGGAAUGACUUCAGGCUGUGGUUUUCCUGGCAGGGAUUAAGCCUGGUCUUCGACUAAAGUUACACUUUAGGUGGGUUUUCCCAAUUUAGUCUGGAUCUAGGGUUAAUCUAUGCCUGAAAACCUCUUCCAAAGUCUUUAAUUUUUAAAGGCUUGAAUAAUAGACAUUUGAUUAUUGGAUUAUUGGUGCAGGCUUCUUGCCAUAAAUUGGUAAUAGCAGUUGCAGAUGAUCAUGUUGUGUGAUCCACGCAAUUAGUGUUUGUGUGGUUAUCCAUUAAUGUUGGGGGUUUAUUGUGAACAUUUUAAUUGUCAUACCACAGUCAUAAUGGCCAUAUUGUUGAUCCUGCUUUUUAUUAUUUGUGUGCAGUAAAGAACAAAAAUGUUUGUACAAUUUUUUUCUGAUUUAAGCACAUAUGUGAAUACCUGUAGGAACAGCAGUGAUAUAGUUGUAUGCGAAAGUCUGGGUGCCCUGGUCAGAUUAUAUUUUGUUGAUUUUUCUAAUAGAAAUAAGUUAUAAUCUCAAGAGAACAAAAUUCUGCAUGUUUUAGAAAUUGCUGUUUAUAAUGUAGGCCUUUUUGUGGAAAAAAAUCACAAUGUGACUGCAAAUGUUAUGGCACAUUUUAUAUUUUAUGUUUUAUUUUUUUCAAUAUCUCAAACUAAGCAAAUGGAAAUUGUACAUAAAAAAAUGCCAUAUUGAAGUUUGUUCCCUGUAGAGGAUGUGCUAACUUAUUUUCACUUAGAAAAUAGACUAUACAUGUAAUGUGAUCUGGGGUAUUCAAACUUUUGUAUAUGUGUAAAACAUCUCAGAGUAAGCAUCCCUAUGUACUUUUUAAUUUAGAAGACUCUUGUUCUCAGAGAUGCUUAAUACAUAUGGGUGCAGAUGUAAGCAAUGAUGUGGUCACUUUCAUCUUGUCCUUCAUAAGUUGGGAGCCAGUUGAGUGAUACUUAUUUUGAAAGUAAAAUGAAAUUGACCACAGUGCUCUCUCUUUGGAUGUUUUUCACAGAAGCAGAUAAAGUGAAGAAUUUCUAAUAAAAUGGCAGUUAACUGUU